GAGAGGAGAAAGACUCCAAAUCAGUCAGGGAGAGGACUGGAAGGAGCCAAAACGUCCCUGCGAGGCCUGCGCUCAUCAGACCCCUUACCCAAAGUCCGGGGCUCCCGGCGCCGGGAGCAGGCUACCGGAGCCACCUUGGCACCGCGGCCGGCGUCCUCUGGUGGCGGAGAAAGAGCACUACGAGCGAUUUUCGGACCGAAUCGGCGCGCUCCUCUGAUCCAAACAGGCGGGGCUGGCCUGGAGCUAAGAGAAAGAGAUAAGAGUGGACGAGGCAGGCCAAGGUGGGGUGUGUGUGUGUGUGUGCCAGGGGCAGCCUGAGAGGAUAAAAAGUGGCCAAGAAGGAGCCAAGACUCAAUGAGCAACAAUAGAAUUGCUUCUGCCACCAAGGAGGGGUUGAUGCCCUGAACCCCCAGACCUCAGAGGGGUGGAAAGUGAGGUUGGAGACCUUCCUCACUGGCACUUUGAUUUUUUUAGAAAAAAUUUUUUUCACCCUAGUUCGGUUGGGUGCUCCGUUUUACGGGGCCCCAAGUUUAUUUUAAGAAGCCGCCACCGUGUUAUGGGCGUGCGCAACUGCCUCGACGGCAAUAAUAUGUCAGGACAACGCAAUAGCCCCCCUGAACACGGGGAACAGCCCGAGCAACCACCUUUGGAGGCCCCAGGGGCAGCUGCCUCCGGUGCUGGGACUGGCACAGCCGAAGAGAUGGAGACCGAACCGCCUCACAGCGAGCCCAUCCCCAUCAAGACUGAAGGCGAGGCCAGUGGACCCCCAGAAGUCUCCCGGCCCAACUUCCAAAGCCUCGGCCAAGCCAUCAAGGAAGCCGGAGCUGGAGCCCAUGGAGGCUACAGUCCACCUCCUGAGGAAGCCAUGCCCUUCGAGGUCGAGCAGUCCAGCUUGGGGGGCUUCUGGCCUGCCCAGGAGCACCCUGGAGACACCCCUGGGGCCGGUGCAGGCCUUGAGACCUCCAGCCCAGCGAUCAUGGAGCCCAGAGCCUUCAGGGAGGCCAUACCAAGCCUGGGAAGCUACAGCCCUCCGCCAGAAGAAGCUAUGCCCUUUGAGUUUGAGCAGCCUGCCCAGGGAGGCAGCAGCCAACCUCUCUUGCAGGUCUCAGACCUUGCUCCAGGAGGCCCAGGUGCGGGGGUCUUUAGAGCUCCUCCCCAGGAGCCCCGAGCUCUCAGACCUGCAAACGCAGGCUUCAGAGGAGGCUGCAGCCCUCCCCCUGAGGAGGAUAUGCCAUGUGAGUUUGAUGGAGCAGCCUUUGGGGACGACAGCCCACCCCCUGGGCUCCCCCGAGCUCUCCCACAAAUCGACGGCAGUGGCGACAGCCAGAUCGCGCCGGUCGCGGUCCCGAGUGAGGUCCUCCUCGCUCCCGCCGCGAACGAGCCCCCCCUCCGGAUCCCAGGCAGCGGCGGCAGCCCAUCUCGAGAGGCUGUCAGACCUCCUCCACACUUCGCAGGCGACAGCCCCCCAAUGGAGAUCUCCGGACCCCAGCGCGAAGCUGGCAUCGCCCCCGAUGGGGUCGACGACGCUCCCGUCAACAUGGACAGCCCCCCAAUCGCGCCUGACAGCCCGCCGAUCGAGGUCUCCGGAGCCCCCGUUAAGAGAGAGCCGGCGGAGGGAGAGAGACCCCCAGCCGAGGGAGAAGAAGCCGACAUGGAAGGAGGAUCAGCCUCCGCUGCCGCAGAGGGAAGCAAAGUCCCCGAUCCCGGGGAUGGAGCCCCGGCUGCCGGGGCAGCCCCUGCCUCUCCAGCCGCCGGGGCAGCCCCUACCGUCCCUGCCUCUCCGGCCGCGGGAGCAGCCCCUGAGGCUCCAGCCGCAGGGGCAGCCCCGGCCACCCCUGAUAGUCCAGCCUCUGGGGCAGCCCCUGCCGCCCCGGAUGCUCCUGCCGCCGGGGCAGCCCCAGCCGCCCCAGCCGCUCCUGCCGCCCGAGCAGCCCCAGCUGUUCCUGCCGCCCGGUCAGCCUCAGCCGCUCCUGCCGCCCGGGCAGCCCCAGCCGCCCGGGCUGCUUCUGCCUCCCGGGCCGCCCCUGACUACGGAGCCCGACCCAAGAUCGGUUUCCUUAGACCCCCCAGCCCCGAGAUCCAGGCUGCCGACCCGCCUACUCCGCAGCCUCCUCGCGCAUAUGCCUGGCGGGGCAGGUCUGAGCGCUGCUGCGACCGCUACGACGAUGAAAUCUCGGUCAGCAGCGACAGCGGAGACGAAUCCGACGAUGGGACCUUCGGAUGUCGCCGCUGGUUCCUGUCCAGACGAAACCGCCGCCGCCGAAAGCCCCGGCGCAACUUGCUCCGCAACUUCCUCGUCCAGGCUUUCGGAGGCUGCUUCUGCGGAUCUGAGAGCCCCCAGUCCGGAGGCUCAGUCGGCCCCAAGGUCAAGAAGGUUCCCCUGGCGGAGAAGCGCAGACAAACACGCAAGGAAAGCAUCGAGAAGCGCGCCCAGAAGCGCGCGGAGAAGAGACGCAGCAAGCUCAUCGACAAGCAACUCCAGAACGAGAAGAUGGGCUACAUGUGUACGCACCGCCUGCUGCUUCUAGGGAGAAAAGUGGUGCCCUACAACACUGAGGGUCGUUUCCAGCUGGACAAACCAGGGCCAGCGACCGUAAGACGGCGCCGAGUCGUGGGCGUUUCCUCACUUCUCAUUCGUUCGCCAAACCCUCCCGCCUUUUCGGUUGAAAAACCAGACACUCAGUUGUUGCAUAACCUUAAAAAAUCACCUUUGACUUUUAUCAGAGAAGGGUUUUUCCCGCGGUUCCUCCUGGAAUGUGGAAUGAACAUGCCGGGAGGGGCGCCCGGCUCCCGGCGCGACGCCUGGAGGAGCUUUCCGCAGGCGGUGCCGGGGGCUGUCACCAGGGCGUCGGCCCUGAGGGAGCCUCUGCGGGUGCGGGGCGCCCACCAGGCCUUUCUCCGGGAGGCGCUGGCGGAGGCGCGCUGGCCUCCCGGGGCUGGGCUGGCCCGCGGAGGGACGCCAGGGCCGGCCCAGGGCCAGGGAGGAGAGCUGCCCUCGGCCGGCUCCCUCUCGGGUACCAAUGGGCAGCAGCGGCGGCGGGAGGGGGCCCCGGUGGCAGAGUCAGGUCCAGAUCGAAGCUUCAGUGCCUGA